CAGGUCGGAGCGGAGCGACAGUAGCGGUGGAGAGAAUUCUGUAUGGGGGAAGAGUUCCUCAGCUCAGGACAUGACUGGAGGCACACUAAAUGGAUACUGUUGGGAUUAAAUAGCCGCUGAUAUAAUGGCAGUGGAAGCUCUCCAUUGUAAUCUUAACCAGAAUGGUGUGGAUCAUGCUGUUUGCACCGAAGAUGUGAGCGUGCAGGUACUUGGUGAUCCAGAAGUCUUGAAUUCAAAUGAUGAAAAGAUUUUAAGGAUAGAAUCAAAUGGUAGUCCAAAGAGUCUUCAUGUGUCAGAAACUGAAUCAGUGAAGGUUGGAGUCAUACCCAGCACAAAGGGAAAUGAGCGUGGUCGAGCACUUCUAAGAUUGACAGACAAGAAAUUGGAAAGGAUGGGUAUUGUCCAAGAAACUCAACGACAGCAUGUCCUUCAGCAGGUCCUGCACCUGAGAGUCCGAGAGGAAGUUCGCAAUUUACAGCUACUUACACAAGCUUCAUUGGACAGCUCACCAUAAGUGUGUGGUCCUGAAGAUACUGCUACAAAUUCUUGACACAAAGCAAAUCUGCGGCUUUCCACUCUGCUCCUAACCAGAAGUGCCCUCUCAUGCUGGAUACAACUCUCCUGUGGUAGAAAAAAUGAUAUUCUCUGAAAAAUAUUUGCUAAAGCUUUUGGGAAUACAUGACUUUGGGUAUAUGUGCCAUGCAAGUAGGUUAUUGAAACCAUCCAGACAUUGAAAAAAAUCAAGAAGUUAAAUUCUUUAAAUAUGUCGGCUGACCUUUGUGAAUUGAUCUGAUAUUUGGAGACCACAAAGCUUUGAUUUUUGUGACAAUGGUGUGCGGUAAAGCUUUACACUAGUGAGAGCUUCAGAAGUGGUUUUCACCCUUUAGUUCCUCCUUGUGUUGCCAGAGCAAGUGCUCCAUUACAACUAAAGGUAAUGCAGUGAGAAUUGGGAACUGCAAUAUUUGACCAAUGUGUAGAGAUAAUUCAGCCAAUGGACAGAUUAGAGGAUGGAGGAGAGAAACUUUCAUCUUUGUCCUUGAGAUAAAGUAGUUGGAACAAUGAAUUUAAAACAGUUAUGUCCAACACAAUGACUUUUUCACUAGACUGUCUAUUGGUAGUACGCAACCUUUGGAAACAACAACAGCUCCAACAUAAUUGAACAUCCUGUUGUGGGAAUGUUAUCGAACCACAAUUAACACUGAGUCACAUGAGCAUAUAUUAGAGGAGAUUGCCAAAAGCUAGGUUAAAAAUAUAGAUUUUAAAGCACACCUUAAAGGAAGAAAGGAGAGAUUUAGGGACAGAAUUCCAGAAAUUAAGGACCUGACAACUGAAGACAGCGCUGUCAGUGGUGGAGAAAUCAAAAUUGGGAUGUUCUUAAAUUGUAGGAUGUCAAAGUAUUCCAAGGACAUUCAAGCUUAUGUUUAACUGCCAAUACAAAUUUGUUGGUAUUUCCGUUCCCAACAUAGACAUACAUAUGUCGUGUGUUUCCCUUUAUACUCAGUCAUUAUGCUAUCUGGAGAGAAGCUCUUCAUCUCAAUAGUUCUGUCUAUUAUAUACAUUUGCAUGCAUUAUCCAACCUUUGGUAGACUGAACAAAGUUGGGGAAACUCCAGAUUUGUACUAUGAUUUACCUGUAAGUUGCACUGCAAAAUUAUCGAUUUUAAUUUAUUUAAAAUCAACACUGUAGCAUUUUGUCAGUUGUUGAUGGGAGAGGUUGUGUCAAAUCCCCAAGUCUGUAGCAAUGUGCCAUGUGAAAUUAUACAGUGGAGAAAAUUAAAAUUGAUUUUUUUUUCCUAAAAUGCUUAAUGUAAAUUGUUAAUAGCAGAAUCCUUUCAUCAUGGACUGAUUUAAUUUAAUGUAGUUUCAAAAAACUCUACAAACACCCAGGUUGUUGUUUGGAAAUUUACUGAAGAAUAUUUAAAUAUUUCACUUUUGCAUCCUUCAUAACAUACAGAUGAAGUCUAACAAACAUGGAUUUAUAUUUACUGUUUUAAAGGUUAAAUUAAUCAUACAAAUUAAUCUUGCAGAUAACCAGUUUUGAUUUGAAUGCUUUUAUUGUCUACUGUGAAGUAAUUUUGUUAAAUUGGUUCAUAGAUCAUAGAAUCCCUACAGUGUGGAAACAGACCCUUCGGCCCAAAAAGUUCACACUGACCCUCAGAGCAUCCCACCCAGACCCAUCUCC